AUGGUUGAGAAAGGAAGAAGGCAGAAGCACGUUUCCGAAGCACGACUGGCGGCGGAAACGGGUCCGAUGGCUUGGCAUCGGAACAUCGGAUCGGAACACGAGGCCUUGGAGCCCCCAAACACUUUGAACUCGCGACAGCUCAAUGCCGGCCACAUCCGCCCCCUGGACACUAUUUGCGGUCAAAUAUCCGUUAUUUUUGACGCAGCUCGGCCACCGGUUUUUAACGAACUAUCACUUUGA